GUUUGUGAAUAUGCUUGAGUGAAAUUAUAGAUGGUCGUCAAAGGCGAUAAAGGCAUAUGCAAUGGGUGAGUUAGAAGCAAGAAAGAUCAAAUCUCCAACGACGGGCACAGAAGCUAUUCUCAUGGGAAUCUUGAUUGAGGGAACUAAUUUUGCAUCGAAAUUCUUACGUGGGAAUGGAAUAACACUUCAAAAGGUGCGCGACGAAAUUUUCAAGAUGCGCGGUAAGCCUGAUAUGUACUUCUUCAGUCCCGAGCAUCCUCCUUUAACUGAAGCCGCUCAAACCACCCUUGAUUGGGCUAUCGACGAAAAGCUUACAUCUGGUGAAAACGGAGAGAUUACAACGAGUCAUCUACUGCUUGGAUUAUGGAAGCAAGAAGAAUCGCCAGGUCAUCAAAUAUUGGUUGCGUUGGGAUUCAAUGAUGACAAAGCUAAAGAGCUUCGUUCUUUCAUAUCCGAACCUACAUUUGAAGGGGACUCGUAGUUUCUCCCAGAAAAUAUCGAUUAUUUGUUUGUAGCGAUGAAAUUAAUUUCACAUGAAUCACAAGACUGCUACUAUUCAGGUGCCCGUUUUUCUUGUUUUAAUUUCAUUCUGAUAUUAAAAAAAAUCGGUGAAACGUUAUGAAACAUAUUUGCAAUUGGAA